GUUUGUCAGGAGAUAGGGCAUCUUGUGUGUAUUUGCCAUAAGCUACAGAAAAAGGAUUAACAAAGAUGGCAAAAGGGUUUUAAUUGUAUAGUCCUCCCCAGGUGCUAAUGAGUUAGGGGUAGCCCUUUGUGUAAUCCUCACACACAUUGUUAGAGAACCUGUACUCCCGACACUAACCAGCCGAGCAGGUUUCAGUGUGAGAGAAAGCAGGGUCAGAACAGGAGGCAGAAUACGGGAGACAGAAGGGCCAGGUGUAGAAGAUUCUUUUUUUUUUUUUAACCAGACAGAGGGGAGCAGGGACGGAUUGGGGACCACUUUUAUGCCCUGGCAGCUAGGCCCAAAUCUGAUACUGGAUAUGUUGCAUUAACGUCAAAUGAUGCCGGUGGAUUGCAGGACACAGAUAAGGUGCCUCUUCCGAAGGAAUAACAGGUGACGAAGGAACGGUCUUCAAGCUGAUUCAUGAAAUCGCCGCACUGCUGUACACCAGUCAACGGAGCAUCGUGACGCAGCCCAAUGAUGUGCGAGCGUUUCGUCUAACAUUUUCUUUGAGCUGCGAUCUACUGAUGGAGAAUGGGACGGCCUGCGCUCAUAUGGAAUUAACCUCUAGGAAGAUCUAAAAGGACCUGACGGCUUGAAAGACAAAAAUGUUUCCGUGGUGGAGAAAAAAGCAGGAGGCGAGCGCCUGCGAGAUGAAUUUACGGCAGCAGAAAAGAAUUCAGGAGCUGCCUCUUCUUUACUGUGCACAAAGGAAUCGCGCAAGAGCACUAAGAAAGCUACUGUCAUGUAAGACAACUGACCCGCUGCAGAGAGGAGCUGUCGGUGAGACUGCGCUGCAUCUGGCCGUGCUGCACGAUAAUCUGGAGUCGGUGAAAGUACUGCUGGAAGAUGCUCCGGAACUCCUUAAUCUGCCAAUGACGUCUGAGCUCUACCAAGGUCAGACCGCUUUGCAUAUUGCAGUGAUGAGACAGAACGUGGCGAUUGCACAGGAGCUGAUUAAAAAUGGUGCAAAUGUUUCGAAGCCUCGAGCCGUAGGCACUUGCUUCCAGCUCAAGCCCAACUCCUUCUAUUAUGGAGAACACGUUCUGUCCUUUGCAGCCUGUGCGGGAAACGCUGAGCUGGUCAAGUUAUUAUUCCAACAUGGAGCCGACGCAGAGGCCAAAGACUCACAUGGUAAUACUGUUCUUCAUAUCCUGGCAUUACAGCCAGACAAGAUGUCAGCUUGCCAGAUGUAUGACCUAAUCGUAGGGUAUCACAAGGAAAAAUUUGGACCGGGGUUAGAGGACAUUUUCAAUAAUGAUGGACUCUCCCCACUUAAAAUGGCUGCUGUAGAAGGCAACACUGUGAUGUUUCAGCAUUUGGUGCAGAAGAGAAGACAGCUACAGUGGACCUUCGGCCCUAUCAGCUGUUAUCUUUAUGAUGUGACUGAAAUAGACUGUUGGGAAGACCAUCUGUCUGUACUGGACCUGGUGGUCUCUGGAAAGAAGAGAGAGGUGCGGCAGAUACUGGAACUCUCUCCAGUGAAAGAGCUUGUCAACGGAAAGUGGCAUAGGUGUGGACGGCCGUAUUUCUGGACCCUGACUGCUGUCUAUGUCAUUUACAUGACCAUUGUGUCGCUGGCUUGUGCCAAUCGUCCUCUCAAACCAAUAACGACCAACAUAACAGACCCCAUGGAUAUCACCAUAAUGAUGCAGAAGACCCUUAAUGAAUCCUAUCUCACGUCUGAAGACCAUUUGCGACUGGCAGGAGAAAUAAUCAGUGUUAUAGGAGCAAUUAUAAUUUUAAUCCUCAAGAUUCCGGACCUGCUUCAGAUAAGAGAUGUGAGAUAUCUAACUCAAGCUGUACAAGGAGGACCUUUCACCCUCAUCAUAAUCUCCUACCCGUGUUUCGUCCUGGUGACUCUCACAAUGCGACUAACUAACACAGACGGGGAGGUGGUCCCGAUGUCGGUAUUACUGGUGCUCGGCUGGUGCUACGUCAUGUAUUUUGCUCGUGGAUUUGAGAUGCUCGGACCUUUCACCAUAAUGAUCCAUAAGAUGAUUUUCAGCGACUUGCUACGGUUCUGCUGGCUCAUGGUUGUCGUCCUAUUUGGAUACACUACCGCAUUUUACAUCAUAUUCCAGACAGAGGACCAAUCCCAGCUGGGGUACUUUAAUGGCUAUCCCUUGGCACUGUUCACCACGUUUGAACUGUUCCUCAAUGUUAUCAACGCUCCCACAAACUACAAUGUUGAUCUCCCCUAUAUAUUCUACAUCGUCUAUUUCUCCUUCACCGUCAUUGCCAACCUUCUAAUGCUAAAUCUGCUGAUUGCCAUGAUGGGGGACACCCACUGGAGAGUGGCCCAGGACAGGGAUGAGCUGUGGAGAGCUCAGGUUGCAGCUACCACCCUUAUGUUGGAACGCAAACUGCCGCGAUGCCUCUGGCCCCGAUCUGGUGUGUGUGGCACGGAAUAUGGCUUAGGCGACCACUGGUACCUUCGUGUGGUGGUGAGAAAGGACCUAAGUCAGCAGAAGAUUAGCCGCUACAUUAAGGCAUUUCAAGGACCUGAAGGGGAGCAACAGGAUAGACCUAUCCAAAAUGACUUAAAGUCCAACACAAGUUUUUGCUCAACCAUAAAACCCGAUCUCCCCACCGUGAAGGUCACAGAAGUGGCUGCAGAUGAACCACCCAAGACUUCGCAAACACAAAACGAGGAAACAACCAACACGCAAAGUACUUCACACAUGGUACACCUUGAGCUACCGCAGGUAUAUGUACAACCGCAAAGGAUAGAGCACCAAUCUUCUGGGAAUGAAGCAUCACCAAUUAGAACUGCCAGUGGCCGUGGCUGGAAAGGGCCAAUUACCGUAAAGGACCCAGGGGGAAAAGUGCUACAAGAUACCGACCAAUACGAAGAGGAAGAAAUAUACUAUGUCUGACAGCACAGCGUAUUUAUGUUAUAAUGGAACGAUACCUAGUAUCUAAAAAGCAAUAACUAACUCCUUGGACCUUUAUGCCAACAAGAGAGGGGGAAAAACAAAAAAGUACUAAAAUCAUUUAACUCAAUGACCUUCUACUUAUUAGCGUUCUACAAAGAACGCAGCCAGACGUGGGUUGAGACCACAGAAAGCAAUCAUUUGUGGGGGAUGACAAAGAUUAUGAAACUAAUUAUGGCUACAGAAGAUAGUGUUAUAUAUUGUGAUAAUGUGCUAUAACUGCCAUCCUAUGGAGUCCUAUGGAGACCAAAUUUCAUGAAACUUUUCCCUCCCUCAUAGGAAUCUUCAUCUGUAUAAUAUGACAUUAUAUAAAUAUAUAUAUAUUACAUAUAGAGACCUUCAGCAUAUUUGCGGGGGCAUGCUGCUUAUAUUUUGAUCUAUAGAACUGAAAUGCUUCGGCAAUUUUCA